ACUCAUGUGUAGACAAUAAGAAGCUUUUCGAACAAAAAGUAAUGUACCUGUGUAGUUAUUAUCGAUACGGUUCUAAGUGUUAUGUUUAUCAUGUUUGUCAGUUUGGGGCUUGUGAGAUACACAAGGUGUUACUGUGUUUUGUUUAGGGUUUCGACCUUGUGAUAGCAGUUCUACAGUGUCACUAUGUGCUAGAUACAAUGUUAUAUUUCCCUGUGUGUAUUUGGAGUUUUAACAUUUAAACCAUGAUGGAUACAAUGUCUAUUGUUGUUGACGACGAAACGAGAGGGUCAAUUCACGAACAGCACGAUGUGUACCCUGAUAAUGACAACGACGACAAAUACACAGUGGCCAGCACGACCUCUACAGCCUUCACCUUGGGUUCGAACUAUACCACAGGAACAGACAACUAUAUACCUGUGUCACGGCUAAGUAAACACAGCUUUAAACUACGAACCACAUCUAGCUUUCCCAGUAUACUCAACCUUUAUCAGCAUCCCAUACUCGAGGAGGGAAGUGACAAACAUGACGCAAUCAUAAAAAGAAAGGGAGGUCGUCGACAUGAGGAAAAGCGGAAAAAAGGCACCGAAAAGGGGAAGGUUGACUGGGACCAGGUGAUAGAGUCGCGCGCAAAACAGGAAGCUUACAAUAUGAAACAAAGAGCGAUUAGAAUCGAAGCAGUUGCCAGAGAUCAAAUGGAAAAAUAUGAAAAAUACAUUAAAAAUCUGAAAGCUAAAGUCGAAGUUCAACGCGAAGCACGCAGAAAGCAGUAUGAGGAGUUAACGGAACGGCUGAGACAGAAGGAAGAAGAGGAUAAAAAACGCCGAUAUCUUGUAUUAAAAAGACCUAAGAUGGAAUAUGUCCACGACAAAAAAUAUCUCAAGAAACUCCCAAAAUCUAAGUUUACAAAGAUGGUGCUAUUAUCCGAUGAUCUACAAAAGAAAGGGGUUUUAAGCAACAGGGCAGAUGUAGACAGAUUCUGGAAGGAUUACGGAAAAUCUGGGUUGGAAACAGACAUAUUUGCGGCAAAAGAUCCACUGAAAGAAGUUCAAGAAUCAAAUGAAUGGAUAGGAAGAAGACUAACUGGACCUCCCCCUCCAAGGAAAGACACACAUGGCAAUCGCGGUUACCCUCUGCCCCCCGUCAACAUUAAGAAGAAGAAAAAGAGAAGACCUCAAAUUGAAGAUUCAACUGCAUAUGAAGGAACGUUAAAGGCGCCGAGUAUUCACAUAGAAGGCGAUGCUGAUGAAAGUGAAAAAUGAUUUUCCAAAGUGAUUUAUUCAUUGUUUAGGUAGACUGAAUAGAAUAUAACGUUUGGUAAUACUUACCUUUGAAUUCACAGGACCAGGCCAGACUGUACAACACUAUGUGGAAUAUACCCUGGUAAUGUGAGCAACACUGACGCAUAUGGAUUCCCAUUGAUACAAUUGUUUUCACUGAUAAAGAUAGCUAGGAACGAGUGCUUUGUACAGUUAUCAAAUCCAACGGGUCCUAUAUUUCGCGGUUUUGCAAGUCGAACCAAGUUCGACCAGCGAACUUCGAGCGUCUUCUAUACGGACUAUGAUCUAACUAUUGUAGACGCAAACUCAAUUUGUUACAUGUCGUGCGCAUGUAUAGAGAUACAAGAAGUUACAAUGCGCAUGUCUAGUCGACUUUGCUCAACGACUUGCAACUAGAUUUCAUUUGCGCAUGCGUCACCGUUUGUAAGCUCAUGAGUGAUUGGUUGUUGUUUAUACGCACGUGUAAUCACUUUAGACGGAACAGCCUGACCAUAGUAAAUAGUUGACGCUCGAAGAAGGCCCAUCUUUAUUGGUAUACGUAAAUAUCUGAUGUGUAGUAUUUUCUCACUGUAUCCUAUGACCGAGAAUAUAACGAAAAUAAACAACCCGCGAAUAUCACGAACAAUACAGUAUAUGGGCUGCUGUUGUUUCAUGCGGAUUCUCAGCGAAAAACUUGUUUCCAAAGAUUAAUGUAGGUUGUAGCUAAGUAAAGUUGUCUCUUACUUAAUCAAGUAGGUUUCCGUUAGCCAUUGGACUCUCGUUGGACUUGAUUUUGAAGAAUUGUGAAGUUUUUCUCGUUGAAUUAAUGUUAGCAGGGCGAAAUGUAAAACGGAAACCGGGAAAAGUGAAGCAAUGUAUAUAAAGUUUGAUAUGCAUCAAAAUUAUUAUUUGUAUUUAUUAACAAUGAAAUAUCAAAAUCGA